AUGAAGAUUCAACAAGUUUGGCAGGAAAAACUGAAUCGGAAAUUACGGAAGUCACAAGCAGACGAACUGUCGAAGCCAUAUCCUUCUCUUCCGAAGUUGUUAUACCUUUUAUUGAAAGCAAUUGUUUUGUGGAAGCUUUCCUGCUCGCCAAUUUAUCAUUUCGAUUUGUGUUUACCUAACCCUAAAGAAAAUGAACAGUCCGGAAUUGAAGCAGAACUUCCAAUAGAAGUAAAGGGAAAAACCUUCUUGAAAGAUGGCGAAAUAAUUGAAAUUGAUAGAAAACGUUACAUUAUAGAUGGACCAAUAAAAGGCGAUUAUGGUAUCGUUGGCCUAAUGGAGAGAGGAAAUUCUAAAGCACUGUUUGCUUUGCAUUACGAAGCACAAAAAUGUAAAAUCAAACGGUUGCAGGUUUAA